AUGGAGUUCUUUGAGGUUCCAUUUGACUCAAACAUGAACAGGACAAAAAAUAGACCCCUGGUGCGAGGACAGAUCAGCCCCCUGCUCGCCCUCUGCUUUGCUGCCUCCUGUGGAGUCCCAGGCAUCGCCCUGCUGACACUGGGGGUCAACCCCCUCACCGGCGCCCUGGGAGCCUUCAACAUCUUCCUCUACACGUGUUGCUACACACCCAUGAAGAGAAUGAGCAUUGCCAACACGUGGGUGGGAGCUGUCGUCGGGGCCAUUCCCCCCGUCAUGGGCUGGACUGCGGCUACUGGGAGUCUCGAUGCUGGUGCGUUGCUGUUGGGAGGAAUCCUCUACUCCUGGCAGUUCCCUCACUUCAACGCCCUGAGCUGGGGCCUGCGGGAAGAGUACUCCCGAGGGGGGUACUGCAUGAUGUCUGUCACCCACCCAGGGCUGUGCAGGCGGGUGGCCUUGCGUCACUGCUUGGCCUUAAUCGGACUCUCAACGCUGGCUCCUGUUCUCGACCUGACCACGUGGACUUUCCCCAUCAUUUCGCUCCCUAUUAACCUCUACAUCUCCUACCUCGGCUUUCGGUUCUACAGGGACGCAGACCGCAGCAGCUCCAGGAAGCUCUUCUUCUGCAGCCUGUGGCAUUUGCCAAUGCUGCUGCUUGUCAUGUUCACGUGCAAGAAGUCGUUCCUGGAGAAGGAAGACAAAGGCGAUGUGCUCGGUGGAAGUCGCGGGAGGGCUAUGGAAAUUAGAUUGCCUUAAAUGUCAGUUACUUGUCGUCCUCGUGACACGUCAGGUAGUAUAUUUUAGUAGUUACAAGGGGGAAACCUAUGGGAAUCUGUUUGAAGAAGAAUCAUUUGUGCCUAGCGACCACUUCAUGUGAUAAUUUUCUGUUUUCUUCUGAAAGGGAAUAGACGCGAGAUCUUAAGGCAUUCGCGGGCCUCAGGCUCGCUCACUCAUCACAAAUUACAGUUUAGCCUAUGUCAGAAGCACUUUGCUUUGAGGUGGCCUUUCAAAGCCUCCGUGAGUCGUGGUC